AUGACAUAUUCCACCCAUUCCUCGUCCUUCUGCAUUUGUAAUGGAAACCAGGUAAAUCUUUAAAAAGUAAUUGUUUAAAAAGUUUUAGGUGUUGUUAACAACUUUUGUGCAUUUGGUUAUCCACGCAGUGGUUUUGACCUUAAUCGCCAUGUCUUCGAACACCUUCUCCUUCUACUCGGUACCUUUUAUAAUUGGAAUUGUAACCUGGUCAGUAGUGUUGUUAUAUGGGCAAUACCCUUACAAAGUUUUCUCUUUUCUCUUUCUUGUCAGUAAUGUGAGUCGAGCUGUUUUUUGUUGCAUUCUUUUCAGUUAUUGUUGACAUUUAUUCUUCUUGGAUAUACAACGAUUACUCUGGCGAUUGCGAUAAUGUCGGAACCAAUCAAGGAUAUCAUUUCUUCGGCCAUUACGUUGGGUAUAAUGGAAGUUGCAUUAAUUUUAGAGAUGGGUUUAACAGUCUACACCUUCAAAAAGAUGACAUCUUAUUACAUCAGACUAAAUUAACAUAUAUCAGAUUGCAACAGAGGGCAGACAAUCUCGUACCCGACAUUACACUUCUAAUUGUAAAUACUGCUGAAAGAGCCUUUAAUUUUGCUUUACAAUUCCGCAGAUGUUAUAGAAAGCUCUACAUUAUUGCCAAUGAGUUAAUCCGGUUUUUUGUGCAUAUUCCUCUUGCGUUUAAUUGCGGAUUGCUAUUUUUUUCUUUCGAAGAAAACUUGCUCAGUUUUAAAAAUACAGUAGAGUGGUUAGAAUAUGCAAAAAGCUGCUCAUUUCUAAAACAAAAUUUGCACUAACAGGAGAGGCACUCCAAGUGUGAUGCUCAUAGAAACUUCGCACAAACUUACAUUAGACUUUUUUUUUCAUUUUUUAAGUCAAAAGUUGUAUAAAACUAGUCCCGAGCCAUAUAUGGGCAAAAAGUGUUUUUAUCUGUGACCGCUCUCCGCGUUUCACGUGUUCUGUCGGCCGCAAAGACGGUUGAAUAUAUCGACUGCGCCUGCAAAGCGCGAGCUAACAUUUUCAGAAAUUGAAAUUGGCCUAUGCCUAAAAUGUGUGAAAAAGUGAAAGAAAAUCUGAGCGUCUCAGGAAUGAGCUCAUUUUUAAAAUUAGGCAGGUUUUUUAAAGGAAAAUAAAAAAUAGAUAUCACCUCACUUAUUUGCAAAUUCAAAUACAUCUACUUAGGAAAAAUGAUGUCAUUUUCUCUAAAGUAUACAAUGUCAACAAUACUACUAUAUUUUAUUUACUCUGAAAACUAUAGCUGAAUACUUGAUUUUUAUUUUAUUUUCUAAAAGAAUAAAACUGAAUACGAAAAAUAAUUAAAUCAAUUAAUUUUAGCGUGAAUUAAAUUAGCAUAAUUGACGUCUUUAAUUCUAAUAAUCCUAAUUUUGCUCCCACUUAUCUCGCUGAAAUGAUAAAAUAUGUGAUCAAAACAUUUCGAAGGUAAUUGAGAGGCGAUUCUGGAAGACCGGAAGGAAUUCUGAAGCCGGGAACUCUCUUAUCCGCUUUGCUUUUUUACAGAGACGGAAAGCCCUGAGGACAGGAGUCGGCGGAAUUCGCCCGGGAAGACGGCGGAUCGAUACGACGGACGCAGUGAGGAAAGCCGCCUCAGGGCUUUAGGUCCAACGCACGCACUCAUCGGCCCUCAAGGGAUGCCAUACUCUCUGCGGCCCUCUUUCGUCGUCUCCAUGUUUGGCGGCAUGCACAGAGAGCGCGAAUGCACGGCCGGCCGAGCGGCCGAAAGCAGAUUUCCGAAAAAGAGAGAGGCCAUUCGAGGACGGCAUCCCGGGACCCUAGCCUCUUUCCGCACGCUCUUUCGGCUGCGUGGGAAUUCGGCGCUCAUUUUGUCAUAA